AUGGGCUCUUCUCAUUCCUCUGUGGAAAGUGAAAAGCAUGAAAGGGAUGUAUGGAGGUCUCAUUUGGAGCACCAAUAUGACGGGAAACACCACCGAACGGCGGGGGUUCGAUUUCAGCGCCCCAAGCUGGACUCGGACGCGAUUGAAGAGCGAAUGAAUGAGCUUCAACACGGAAAUCGAGGACAAAAGAAGCGACGAUAUCUCAAUAUCCUCGGUGAAAACGACCACGAGAAAUACCCAGAUCUCGAUACCUAUUACAGCACAACGAAAGAGAUACCCCGCCGACUGAUUGUCCAAGCCACCCCCGAUGCCCAAAAAGAUACUCGAGCGCGUCACUGGGGCCACAGUACUAUCAAAGGAAACAAACCGUUUGUUGUUUGGCUUUCUGAGCUUUGUUUGAACCCCUUUCGAUUUGACAAAUAUGACGGCGGUUUUGUGGAUGAGGAUGAUGAAAAGGCUGAGGAGAUCCGGUGGAAGAAAAUGAGCCCUGCGCGGAGAAUCUUUCAGACCACUGUACACUGGAUUGCCUCGACAGUACUCACCCUGCUGCUUGCCUGGAUCAUCCAAGUCAUGCUGUCAGUUCAAGUUGUCACUGCACCUUGGAGCGACUCAGGUGCAGCCGGCUCUUAUGAUGAUUAUGAUAAUGUUCAUUGGGAAUGGCCCCACCACGCUGUCAAUAUCCUAGACCAGUCGCCGAACAACAAGAAGCCACAAUCUACAAUCACCAAACUGAUGAUCCCCCGGCGCUUGGUGGUCAAAGACAAAUCCACCGGCAGGUGGGUUGUGAAGAUGACGGACGAGCUUCGUGACAAGCACACUGGCAUGCUUCAGCCAUACGUCUUCCUCAGUUUUUCUCGGGCCAAUUUCCUAGGGAUUGAUGACACAAGAUUGAGACCAUUUUUUUAUCGGGUCGCAGAAGCAGUUCUGGAACACGAAAACGCACGUCGAGACGAAAGGGAUCCCCCAAUGGAAGCUUUCUGGCUUGACAUGGACUGUGUCGCAUCGGAUCCUCUAGUCAAGGACAAAGAUGGAAAUAUGGUAAACCCAAUCAUGCAUGCCGACUCGGAAAAGACAAAGGACAUCAAUUCUAUUUGCGAUGCCGUACGAUGCGCAAAACGGGUCUAUGUCGUUCUACCCGACGAUCGCCCGGAAGACAAGCUGAUUUGGGGCAGACGUAUCUGGACUUUGCCUGAAGUCUUGCUCGCAGCCGAUAAGAUCCGAUAUUGCAUUUCUCCAGUCGAGGCCAUGCACGGAAAUGGUGUUAUCCGAAUCAACAAUGUCUUGUUAACCGACAUGUAUAACAGCUUCUGGGCAGGCCAUCCAUCUCGCUCCCACUUGGCUGGUGACGAGAAAUGGGAUACCCAUGAAGAUGCAAUCACACACCUUGUCAACCACUAUACGAACCGAACCAAGCUGAGCGAGCUGCAGCUGUUUACCUUUGCCAUUCAGGCUUUGGCCCAACUGACUUCUGGCAAAGACACCCGGGGUGAGAGUACCGUGGAGCUAGCAUAUGCCGCCAUGGGACUGCUAGCUUAUCGGCUCACUCCUGACGAUAACGAAGAUGUGUUUCAAGCUGUCGCACGACUGUCUCUUGUCAACGACAGCAAUCGCCUGCUUGAACGUUUGCUCUGCUUGUGGCCAAACUAUGGCGAAAAUGAGCAGAAUCCCGAAGCCAAAGCGAAGUAUGCUGUCGCGAGCAGUGAUACUCUGCUGCGGAACAUUGCGGAUCCUGAUCAAUAUGCCACUCACCUAUGGGAUAUAGAUCCGAUGUGCGAUGUAGUUGGAAUUGGAAAUGACAAGUUCACGCCCACUGUCAUAACUGAUCGCUGUCGGGGCAUUCCCAUUCGGUGGAAGGAUUUUCCCAGAAUGCGAUAUGCCCAGGACCUGACCAGCUUUCGGGCAACUCUAGCACAAACCGUCGUUUUUGCAGGCGUGUGGUUCUUCGUCACCGGAUUCGGACUCUUCUCCUCGGCUAUAUCAUUAGCAAUGGCGAACAACGUCAAUACCACCGACAAAACCACCAGUAUCAACAUCGGUUCUUAUCUUUUUGGAAUGGCGAUAUUUGUUGGCGUCGGAUGGGCGAUAUCCUGGUUCAGCCCACUAGCAGUGCGCCAGCUUUGCAACGGCGGGUCCUCCGGUGUUUCCUGUCAUCUGAUAGGGUUCGAAGGCACAAUGACACUCCGAAAAAUUGAGAAGGCGAUAUAUGGCAAUUACAAUGCUCGGCUUUCUUACUCUGCAUCUUCUUCGAUCUUCUCCAAGGACCUGCGACAUGGGACGCUUCGAAUGGGAAUCGAGCGCCCCGAUGAGAAUGGAGCCCCCGAAGGGCCAAAACAUUGGAAACAGCAGAGAGUGAAGCACAAUAUCCCCGACUCGCAUCGCCUAUUCACCAUUGUGGAUACGGGUGAUUUGACCGUCACAGUGAUUGCUGCUCAGAGGCCACCUGUGGUUGCUUUGAUUGCCGGUCGCGAGGGUGGCAUGUUGCGGUCUCUGUUGUGUAGUUGGCGCUUCGAAACAAAUUGUCUGUAUCGCGAGUGUGUCAUCCGUAUGCGGAGCUCGCUGGAGGAACAGGCUACUCCCAAUGACUGGCUUAAAAUCAGUCUGGCCAGCCAAAGCGAUGUCAAUCAGACCCGGUCACUCUACCAACCGAAGAGUCAGCCUCCGCCUCCUGUUGCUAGUUCCAUUCCUCCUUCAGCUCUCCCGGUUCCUCCUCGGAAAAUCCCCGUUGUCGGCCAGACCAGUGUUUGA